GGAGGCUGUUGGCACCAUUCUCGGGGUCAACACUGUGAACGGAGACCUGGGCAGCCCUUCUGACGAUGAGGACAUGCCAGGGAGCCAUCAUGACAGUACUGUUUGUGCUAAUGGGCCAGUGUCCGAGGACAGUGCUGCUGAUGGGACCCCCAAGCACUCUUUCAGGACUAGCUCUACUCUGGAGAUUGACACAGAGGACUUAAUCUCUACUUCCUCAAGAACCUCACCUCCCAGAGGCCGCCAGGAUUCGCUCAAUGAUUACUUGGAUGCUAUUGAACACAAUGGCCCCUCCAGGCCAGGGGCAGCCAUCCCCUCUGAGCGGUCCAUAGGAGCCUCUCCCAAACUGAGGAGUAGUUUUCCCACUGACACCAGACUCAAUGCCAUGCUUCAUAUAGACUCGGAUGAAGAGGACCACGAGUUCCAGCAAGACCUAGGCUACCCGUCUUCCUUGGAGGAGGAAGGAGGCUUGAUCAUGUUCAGCAGGGCAUCCAGAAGUGACGCUGGGAGCCUGGCAUCUCAGACCAAGCCAGAGGACGACAACCCCGUUGAGAAUGAGGAAGCCUCUGUGCAUGAAGCUGCUUCCUUAGAAGAGAGGCCCGAGAACCUUCCCGAGGUUGCAGACAGCUCCUUGCCCGCAAGUGCAGCCCCUGAGGACAAUGAAGCCAGCCUAGAGCCCCACCCCAGUGCUGACCAGGGCAGCACUGAAUUGUCAGGCUCUCAAGAGGCCGAUCAGCCCACCAGUGGCGCAGACACAGGAGGAGCCUCUGAUACAUCUGGAGGGAGCCGCAGAGCUGCCAGUGAGACCGAGUCCCUGGACCAGGGAUCUGAACCUUCCCAGGUGUCCUCUGAGACCGAGCCCAGUGACCCUGCCAGGACAGAGAGUGUGAGUGAGGCCAGCACCAGGCCCGAGGGAGAGAGUGACUUGGAAGGAGCUGACAGCUCAUGCAAUGACAGCGUAACCACGCAGCUGUCCUCGGUGGAGACACGGUGCUCGUCUCUGGAGAGUGCGCGAUAUCCAGAAACCCCAGCCUUUUCUUCUCAAGAGGAGGAAGAUGGGGCCUGUGCAGCUGCUGAGCCCACCAGCAGCGGCCCUACCGAGGGGUCGCAGGAGUCCAUUUGCACUCCAGGCUCUUUACCUGCUGUGCAGGUGCCCAGUAGGGAAGACGAAGGGCCAGGGGCUGAAGCUGCUGCUUUAUCUGAGCAGGGGGAGCUGGGGGAGGUCUGGCAGAGGAGGGGGAGUCUGGAGGGAGCUGCUGCUGCUCCUGCCGCUGCUGACACCGAGAGCCAGCCCCAGGAAGAUGGGGAUGCUGGGGAUACCCAAGGUGCCUGCGAAGGGGCCACUGCCCAGGAGGAGGGCGCCACUGGAGGUUCCCAGGCCAAUGGCCACCAGCCGUUGCGGUCACUACCUUCAGUGCGGCAGGACGUCAGCCGGUACCAGAGGGUAGACGAGGCUCUCCCACCAAACUGGGAGGCGCGCAUCGACAGCCACGGCAGAAUCUUCUACGUGGAUCAUGUAAACAGAACCACGACGUGGCAGCGGCCGACAGCUCCUCCUGCCCCACAGGUCCUGCAGAGAUCUAAUUCCAUACAGCAAAUGGAGCAGCUGAACCGGCGUUAUCAGAGCAUCCGCAGGACCAUGACUGACGAGAGGCCCGAGGAAAAUGCCAGUGCUCUGGAUGGGGCAGGGGAGGAAGCCGACUUCCACCAAGCCAGCGCAGACUUCCGCCGGGAGAACGUCCUGCCUCACUCUACCUCCAGAUCCAGGCUCACGCUGCUGUUACAGUCGCCCCCUGUGAAGUUCCUCAUCAGCCCAGAGUUCUUCACUGUGCUGCAUUCUAACCCUAGUGCCUACCGCAUGUUUACAAACAACACGUGUCUGAAGCACAUGAUCACCAAAGUCCGGCGGGACACCCACCACUUUGAACGCUAUCAGCAUAACAGGGACCUCGUGGGAUUCCUGAACAUGUUUGCGAACAAACAGCUGGAACUGCCGAGGGGCUGGGAGAUGAAACAUGAUCAUCAGGGCAAGGCAUUUUUCGUCGACCACAACUCCCGAACCACCACGUUCAUUGACCCUCGGCUCCCGCUCCAGAGCAGUAGACCCACGAGCGCGCUGGUUCAUCGGCAGCACCUGACGAGGCAGCGUAGCCACAGUGCCGGUGAGGUAGGAGAAGACUCUAGGCAUGCGGGACCACCAGUUCUUCCCAGACCGUCCAGUACAUUCAAUACAGUCAGCAGGCCGCAGUACCAGGACAUGGUUCCAGUGGCCUACAAUGACAAAAUCGUUGCAUUUUUGCGUCAACCCAACAUCUUUGAAAUUCUCCAAGAGCGUCAACCUGAUCUUACUAGAAACCACUCACUCAGGGAGAAGAUACAAUUUAUCCGAACUGAAGGGACCCCUGGAUUGGUGCGGCUUUCCAGUGAUGCAGACCUGGUCAUGUUACUGAGCUUAUUUGAGGAAGAGAUAAUGUCAUAUGUGCCUCCACAUGCCUUACUCCACCCCAGCUACUGUCAGUCCCCACGAGGUUCCCCAGCGUCAUCUCCCCAGAACUCACCAGGUACUCAGCGUGCCAAUGCCCGGGCGCCAGCCCCUUACAAGAGAGAUUUCGAAGCCAAACUAAGGAACUUUUACAGGAAGUUAGAAACAAAAGGAUAUGGACAAGGCCCAGGGAAAUUAAAGUUAAUUAUCCGAAGGGACCACCUGCUGGAAGAUGCUUUCAAUCAGAUUAUGGGCUACUCCAGAAAAGACCUGCAGAGGAAUAAACUGUAUGUCACCUUCGUCGGGGAAGAAGGGUUGGAUUACAGUGGGCCUUCCAGAGAGUUCUUCUUCCUGGUAUCCAGAGAACUCUUUAACCCCUAUUAUGGCUUAUUUGAAUAUUCAGCCAACGACACAUACACAGUACAAAUAAGUCCUAUGUCUGCUUUUGUAGACAAUCACCAUGAAUGGUUCCGGUUCAGUGGGAGGAUCCUUGGUCUUGCACUAAUACACCAGUAUUUAUUGGACGCCUUCUUCACGCGACCCUUCUAUAAGGCUCUUCUCAGAAUCCUGUGUGACCUGAGCGAUCUAGAGUACCUUGAUGAGGAGUUCCACCAAAGCCUUCAGUGGAUGAAAGACAAUGACAUCCACGACAUCCUAGACCUCACGUUCACUGUGAACGAAGAAGUUUUUGGACAGAUCACCGAACGAGAGUUAAAACCAGGGGGAGCCAAUAUUCCGGUCACAGAGAAGAACAAGAAGGAGUACAUAGAGAGGAUGGUGAAGUGGAGGAUCGAGAGGGGUGUGGUGCAGCAGACCGAGAGCCUAGUCCGCGGUUUCUAUGAGGUGGUCGAUGCCAGGCUCGUGUCUGUCUUCGACGCACGGGAACUGGAGCUGGUCAUCGCGGGCACAGCUGAAAUAGACCUCAAUGACUGGAGGAACAACACCGAGUACAGAGGCGGGUACCAUGACAAUCACAUCGUAAUUCGGUGGUUCUGGGCUGCUGUGGAACGAUUCAACAAUGAGCAGCGACUCAGGUUGUUGCAGUUCGUUACCGGCACAUCCAGCAUUCCCUAUGAAGGAUUUGCUUCUCUCCGAGGGAGUAAUGGCCCAAGAAGGUUCUGUGUGGAGAAAUGGGGAAAAAUCACCGCUCUUCCCAGAGCCCACACUUGCUUUAACCGCCUGGAUCUUCCUCCAUACCCUUCCUUUUCCAUGCUCUACGAGAAGCUCCUGACAGCGGUCGAAGAGACCAGUACCUUUGGCCUGGAGUGACCCGGGAGCGCGAUGCUCAGCUCUUCGUGGACGGGCAGUGUCAGAAGCCGGCCUUCAGAAGAGUGGCAGAGCGUUGGAAAUCCCAAGCCUAGGGUUCCGUUAGAACAAACUGAGUGCUGCUCUUCGGAACACGUGCUCGUUCGUGUGUUUGGGGACUGGCUGUGAGUCCUCUGGCAAGGAUUGGGGUGAGCUCGGUGCCCAUGGAACAACCCAACAGUCUUUCGGUCAACAGUUCCUGACUGCCAAACCUUUCCCAUUUGUUAUGUUUGAAGAUAAAGAGGAACCCGCCCAUGAUCAACUCCAUGGUGACUGUUAGGGCCUUGGGAGAAUCUUGACACUCUCCUGUACACAUACUUCAAGCCAAGCUGGCAGCCCUUGACCCCAUCUCUAAAUUAGUGCAAGUGAGAGAAUAACAUAAAAAAAAUCUAUUUCCUGACAGUACCUUUGUUUAAGCCCUAAGUUAUAACAGAUUAUUCAUUUCUUGCUUACGAGUGCCUGCAUGGAGUGCACUAUAGGUUUCAUCAUUCACGGGACAAGGGUGAAAAUGAAACCAAGUCAGUAUGAGGUAACUUUAAAGAUUUGCAAUAAGGUGGUCUGUAACAAUGUAUAUGCAAGUGGUGUGUGUGUACUUCUGGCUGAAGACAAGCUGUUAUUCAAUGAAUUCACUAAUGACAGAUUUUAUGCUUUAUAAUGCAUGAAAACAAUUUUAAAAUAACUAGCAAUUAAUCACAGCAUAUCAGGAAAAUGUACACAGUGAGUUCUGUUUAUUUUUUUAUAGGUUCAUUAUGUUUCUGUUCUUGAAAAUGUAUAUAAGGACCUACCUACCACGUUGUAUGUACCACCUCUCCAUUUUCAUGUUCCAUGCUUACUCGGGCAUCUUGCUAGUACGUAUCCUUUGAAGCACGCUCAAGGGAACUAAAGGGCCUUUUAUUUUUAUAAAGGUUAAAACAAUUCCCCAGAAUAUUUUGCACUGAACGUACCAAAGUCGAAGGGACAUUACAGUAUGACUAACGGCCGCGCCGUCACUUGAGGGGUACAACAGAAGCAGCUUCUAAACCAGACUUCCUUCACAGUACCGUGUCAGCCACUGCAAGGACUGUGCAUCUAAGUAAUAAUUUUUUAAGACUCACAAUAUGUGAUAGUAUGAUGUGCAUUUAUUUCAAAUGCAUUAGACUCUCUUCCAUCCAUCAAAUACUUUACAGGAUGGCAUUUAUUACAGAUAUUUCGUA